AUGGCCGACAACGAAAGCUCGGCGGCCGCUGCCCAGGGCGCGCCUGGAGCCUAUGAUGAAAGAAAAGUGAACGGAACACAUCCGGAUCGCGAUGAUCGACCUCCCCACCAGCAGUAUGUGUCGCAGGUGCCCCGUUCAGAUCAACCUGCCCACAUACACACUGUGUCGCAGGUGGCCCGGCCUGAGUUUAUGAAACUGGCCAAUCCUGGACCCCUCGGUUUGCUUGCUUUCGCGAUCACGACUUUUGUAGUUGGUCUUUAUGAAUGCGGUGCUGGACUUCCUCACUCAAACCCGGAGGGCAACGUUGGCCCCAACCAGGCUUCUUUUGGAAUUGUGGUGUUCAUGGGUGGGACCGCUCAGAUUCUUGCUGGAUUGAUGCAAUUUCGUGUCGGCAACACCUUUGGUACCACGCUCCACAUCUCUUACGGUGCAUUCUGGCUGAGUUAUGGAAUGUUCUCUCUGCCCGAGAUCGGCAUCAAAGCCGCCUACAAAGGUGACCAGAGGGCAUUUACUUUUGCCAUCGGUAUUUACCUAAUCUUGUGGUGCUUCCUGACAUCUUUGUUUUUCGUUGCCGCGCUGCGGACGAACGUCGCCAUCCUACUCGUCCUCUUUUUCCUGGUUCUUGCCUACUUCUUUUUGGCCAUUGCCAACUUCACCGCUACUGAACAUGCCACUGCCAGCCUGCAUCUGAACAAAACAGGUGGUGCUUUUGCCGUUGUCUGUGCCUUCUGUGCCUUCUAUGCCGGUGCAUCCGGUAUCAUGGUUCCUGAAACCACCUGGAUCCGCUUCCCACUCGGCGAGAUCCCGGUCUAA